UUGUUUAUUUGUUUUUAUUCGUGUGUGUAGGUUUAAUUGUAGUUUGUGUUUUACACAGCGGCACGUCCAUCCAAUGCGUUGCAUAAGGCAUUAGGGAGCAGUGAAUUGCUGCAUAACCUGGAAGCUGGGUGAGCGCACGCGAAACCUCAAAGUCGUGGAAGAUUAUCACCAUACUGUAAAGUGUUUUUUCUAUACGAUGCGUGGGCCACACUGGUGGCAUGUCGGCAUCUAAAGUCAGCAUGUAGCACAGUUGCCUUAUUCCCUCGUUGAAGGGUUCAGCGGCAUUCAGAAUUAGAUGGAAGGUGGUCAGUCGAUUAAGAGCAGUUCAGGUUUUGACUAGAAACUCAGCAAGGAAUUGGAAAUGGAGAGCGUGAUCUGCGAGGCUGUGGAAGGAGUGGAAACUUGGCAAGGGUACGGGCAGCCGAAACAGACCAAAAUGUUCAGCUGGAAAGCCUUGUCCGAGCUCAUGACGAGAGAGCAGUGCGAUGCGGCAGUAAUUCGAGGGAUGCAAGUGCUGGAGAGCUUGAACGAGUACCAAUUUCAAGGGCGCGACGACGAAGGUCUCGCCUCCAGUAACGAAGAUUUCAGCACCAACAAUUUUAUCAACGACAACUCCCAGUUCAGAUACGCCCCAGGCAUUUCGCCAUCCUCCUCUCCGAAACUGACUAGUUGCGCCACGUUUUUCAGUCCCCUGGGCUCCACUGGCGGCAGCGCUGGAAGUCAAGCUGAAUCUGGCCACGAAUACUCAAGAGUAGCCGCAUCAGAAUACAAUCCUGGGACGGAAUUACCGCAUGCGGGGAUGGAAGUGUUGUCAAUUGGAGCUGAGAGCAAUGGGUACCAUUCCGAGAAUGAUGUAUGGACACCGGAGGAUUACGCAGAGGACGUGUUGCCUGCGCGGAAUGACGACUACGUCAACCAGCACGACCGAAGUCCUCCCCUAAGCGACACUAACGACUUCAGACCGAAUGACAUAAUCUACGAUACUCAGGGCUGGGGAAAGAUGGCCACCAGCACGGUUUACGAAAUCCACCAAGUCGUCGGCAACCCAAAUUCCCCAUACACACGAGCUAGUGAGCACGAGGCGGCGUCCAUCAACUCACAACAGCAGGAAUGCGCGCUCGCAUCGGGGUUGCAACAUUUCCGAGGCGUGAGACGGAGACCGUGGGGGAAGUUCCCAGCCGAGAUUCGGGAUCCAGCGAAGCGUGGCGCACGCGUGUGGCUCGGCACGUUCGACACGGCGGAGGAGGCCGCCGCAGCUUACGACCACGCGGCUCUGCGAAUGCGCAAAUCCCGUGCCCUUCUCAACUUCCCCCUCAAAGCAACCAGCGCACUUUCCAACCCGGCGAUGUUCCCUCCCGCUCCGAAGACCUCCAUCACCAGUCGCGGCUAUCGCCAAAGAUCAACAUCGAUCUCCCCAACAACAACUGCUGUUGCAGCAGCAUCCAUCUCAACCUCAGCCUCGCCACCAUCUCAACCUCCAUCGCACCGCAACACCCACUGGCAACAAGCGCGACAUCCACAACUCCAAAAAUCCACAUACAGCACCAAUGUGAACACACACAGCUACAUUGCAAAGCAAAUUCAGAUGAGCAUAGCCACUUCCUCGAACCCAACUCACAGCAGCAGUGGCUACAUCGGCGGCGGCGGCGGCGGUCAAUCAGUGAAUUAUCUUCUUCGAACGACGUCGUCGCCACAGUGCAGAUGAUGAAUGAAUGAAUGAAUGAAAGAGAGUGCAGUUCUCCAGAAUUGUCGAAGCUGGUUUUGCAAGAAGAAGAAGAAGAAUUAGGGUUUCGGAAACAACGGGCUUGAUGAGGCAUUAAGCGUGACAAGCAUAUAAUUCAGAAUAGGAUUAAUGAGUGGUUUAGGCAGUGGUUUAGUGAGUUCGUGGAUGGAUAUGGAGGAGCCCGUGUUGUUUCGUUUGACUUAAUUGUGAACCUCUUCCCAAAUCAAUCCAUAUUGUUUUGUUUUUAUU